AUGGCAAGCCACUCUAUACCAAUCUCAGUAUCGCAUCGGCCGAUAGUCAAAGCACGGCUGAAUGGGCAUGUGGCGUCCUUCACAAAGCUUGGUCGACUACCAGAUGUCCUCACCGUGGCCCGUCGUAGACAAGAACUUGUCAACGUUGACCGGGUUCAAUUAGGUCUUGCUCUAGCCUUUUUAGGAGUUAUUACUUCCUUGGUAGCUCAACACAUGUACUAUUUACCUGCUUAUGCGUUUAUAGCGCAAGAUUUUACUACUCAAGCGGCGUUAUAUCCUCAUCAUCAAUACAUCGCAGGAUUUAUUAUGACAGGAGCUUUUGCUCAUGGUGCUAUAUUUUUUAUUAGAGAUUACAAUCCAGAACAAAACGAGGAUAAUGUAUUGGCAAGAAUGUUAGACCACAAAGAAGCUAUAAUAUCGCAUUUAAGUUGGGCCAGCCUGUUUCUGGGGUUCCAUACUUUGGAACUUUAUGUCCAUAAUGAUGUCAUGCUUGCUUUUGGCACUCCGGAAAAACAAAUCUUGAUCGAACCCAUAUUUACCCAAUGGAUACAAUCUGCGCAUGGUAAAACUUCAUACGGCUUCGAUGUACUGUUAUCUUCAACGAAUAGUCCGGCGUUCAAUGCGGGGCGAAGCAUAUGGUUGCCCGGUUGGUUAAAUGCUAUAAAUGAGAGUAGUAAUUCUCUAUUCUUAACAAUAGGACCCGGAGAUUUUUUAGUUCAUCAUGCUAUUGCUCUAGGUUUACAUACAACUACAUUGAUUUUAGUAAAAUGUGCUUUGGAUGCACGUGGUUCCAAGUUAAUGCCAAAUAAAAAAGAUUUUGGUUAUAGUUUUCCUUGCGAUGGUCCGGGACGAGGUGGUACUUAUGGUAUUUCGGCUUGGGACGCAUUUUAUUUGGCAGUUUUUUGGAUGUUAAAUACGAUUGGCUGGGUUACUUUUUACUGGCAUUGGAAACACAUUACACUAUGGCAAGGUAAUAUCUCACAGUUUAAUGAAUCUUUUACCUAUUUGAUGGGAUGGUUAAGAGAUUAUCUAUGGUUAAACUUUUCACAACUUAUCAAUGGAUAUAACCCCUUUGGUAUGAAUAGUUUAUCCGUCUGGGCAUGGAUGUUCUUAUUUGGACAUCUUGUUUGGGCUACUGGAUUUAUGUUCUUAAUCUCCUGGCGCGGAUAUUGGCAGAAAUUGAUUGAAACUUUAGCAUGGGCUCAUGAACGCACACCUUUGGCUAAUUUGAUUCGCUGGAGAGAUAAACCAGUGGCUCUUUCCAUUGUGCAAGCGAGAUUGGUUGGAUUAGCCCACUUUUCUGUAGGUUAUAUAUUUACUUAUGCAGCGUUCUUGAUUGCCUCUACAUCGGGCAAAUUUGGUUAAUGUAAUUUUUUUUUGUAUCCGCAUCCUUUCCUUCUAUGGAGAAGGUGGUUUACAGACCUCUUCUAUAUUCAAUUUCUACUUAUAUUUCUACAUCUAGGAUCCGACUUGUAUGAUUGAUUGAUACUAAUAGGAAAUUAACCAUUAUGGCAAGGAAAAGUUUGAUUGAGAGGGAGAAGAAGAGAAAAAAAUUGGAACAAAAAUAUUAUUUGAUUCGCCGAUCCUAAAAAAAAGAAAUAAACAAAGUUCCGUCGUUAAGUCAAAAAUGGGAAAUUCAUGGAAAGUUAGAAUCACUACCGCGUAAUAGUGCACCUACACGUCUUCAUCGACGUUGUUUUUUGACCGGAAGACCAAGAGCAAAUUAUCGGGAUUUUGGGUUAUCUGGAUACAUACUUCGUGAAAUGGUUAAUGCAUUUUUGUUGCCUGGUGCAACAAGAUCGAGU